CUCUCUCUCUCUUUCUCUCUCCCUUUUAUCCUUCGGGUAUACGAUAGGUAUACUCGUCGAAUAUAAAAAGAAAAAUAAAAAAGCAACAAAAAAUGUGAUUUAAUCAAGAUAGAAAAAAAACAACAACAAUACAAAAAUUACAGUCAACGAAAGAAGAAGAAGAAGAAGAGAAGAAGGGUUCUUUUAUUUUUAUAAAAAGCGUGUGUCCGCCACUGUGACCGCAAGCUACGAACGAGAUGGGGCGACGCGUCGGAUGAAUCAAAGGGAAAACUUAAUGGAUACGACGAGAGCAAUUGUUCACUGCUACGAGGGCUACCAAAUCGAAGGUGAAACUCGUAAACACGAGAGAGUAAAAGAAACUGCGAUCACGGAUAUGACGAUACGAUGAUGCAAAAUCCGCAAAGACGGAAACAAGGUGGUGCGUGUCGGCGAAGCCUGACUAUUAUCAUUCAGGCAUUGUUAAUACAAAAUCUGAGCAUUUUAAGAGCAGUUGGACAAACGUCGGAAUGUCCCCCAACGGAAUCCAUUCCAGGUUGUUCCUGCUAUAAUUUUCAGGACGGUUUAUUCCUCGAAUGCGAUGGCGCCACAGAGGAGACUCUACGGAGCACUUUGCAAGCUGUUCUAACUGCCAGCGGAGCAGAUACGAUAAUACAAUCGUUGAAUUUCUACGAGUUGGAUAAAAAUAUUGAGAUAUUGAAGAAAGGCUGUUUUCCGGCGGAAACGCAAAUAAGGCAUCUGCAAAUAUCACAUUCGUCGCUGAAAGAAAUCAACGAGGACGCAUUUUCUAAUCUGAGAAAUAGUUUAGAAUCCUUGGCACUUUUGUCCGGACGUUUGACGCAAGUACCGCAAAAAGCGUUGUCAGAUUUGAAAAAACUCGAUGCACUACACCUGGAAUCGAAUUUGAUACAAGAUCUAUCUUCGUAUUGUUUCUAUGGUUUGAAACUAUUAAAAUUGAGUUUAAAGAGUAACCAAAUUGUCAAGAUAUCGGAAUACGCGUUCGCCGGAUUGGAGGAUAGUCUGAGCGAUUUAGACCUGGCCGAAAAUAAACUCAAGUUAUUUCCGAUGGCACCGCUUAGAAGACUAGAAAGUUUGGCCUCCCUUAGACUUUCGUUUAACGAAAUUUCCGAAUUACCGAACGAUGGUUACAGUUCAUUAAGUUCCUUAUUGAUUCUCGAUUUAAGUAGUAAUAAUUUUGAAAAAUUGUCCGAAAAUUGUUUUAGACCUUGCCCGAUAUUACACACAUUAUCACUUUAUUACAACUCCAUUGAAAAUAUUGACAAGGAUGCUUUUAUAUCGUUAAAGGAUUUGGAAUCGAUAGACCUCAGUCACAAUAAAAUAGUAUUUCUAGACGUGACCACUUUUCGAGGAAACGAAAGACUCAGAACGAUAGAUCUCAGUCAUAAUCAUAUCCAUUACAUCGGUGGAGUAUUCGCGUUGUUACCGGAAUUGAGAGAACUUUAUCUCGCGGAAAAUAAUAUUCUUGAAAUUCCCGGUGACGCGUUUGCCGGUAGCGUCGGUCUAGCAGUGGUCUAUUUACAACAAAAUGCUAUCAGGAGAAUCGAUGCCAAAGGUUUAGCCAGUCUGACACAAUUAAUCCAAUUACAUUUGAGCAACAAUUACAUCGAAAAGGUGCCGCGAGAUUUUUUCGAACAUUGCGAAAAUCUCUCCUCGUUGUCCCUGGACGGGAACAAAAUUCGAGAACUGCAACCGGGUACUUUCGUUAAGUUGCAUCAAUUGAGGGAAUUAAGACUUCAGGACAAUCAAAUAACCGAAGUAAAGAGAGGAGUGUUUUCACCUUUACCGGCUUUGCUCGAACUUCAUCUGCAGAACAACGCAAUCACGGAUAUGGAAACUGGCGCGUUGAGAACUUUGAACAGUCUUCAGCACGUUAAUUUGCAAGGAAAUCAACUGACGAUGUUAGGCGACGUAUUUCAAUUAUCUGCCUCGGAAUCUUCAUCCGGUGGGAGUUCACUGGUGUCGAUUCAAUUGGACAGCAAUGCAUUGGCCGUAUUGCACAACGAUUCUUUACGCGGACAAGCCUCCGUUAGAAUCAUGUGGCUUGGUCAUAAUAAAUUGACACACUUGCAAGCUCCACUAUUUCGUGACUUGCUCUUAGUCGAACGACUGUAUUUGACGAAUAAUUCAAUAUCAAAGAUCGAAGAUUCCGCAUUCCAACCGAUGCAAGCUCUGAAAUUUCUCGAGUUAAGCAUGAAUAAACUCGGUCACGUGACCGCACGGACCUUCUCCGAACUGCACAAACUCGAGGAAUUGUAUCUUCAGGAUAAUGGAUUGCGCAGAUUGGAUCCUUACGCUUUGACCGCUCUGAAAAAACUACGAGUCUUGGAUUUGGCGAAUAAUCGUUUGGACGUAUUGAAAGAUACCAUGUUUCAAGAGGAUCUACCAAUAGAAAUGCUCAAUUUGAAGAAUUGUUCUAUAACGAGCGUAGAGAGCAACGUUUUCGUUGGUCUAUUAAAUUUGUCUUACCUCAAUUUGGAAGAUAAUUUGCUAACCGCCGGCGCACUUAUUCGUCUCCGCGUGCCAGGACUUCGAACGUUGGUUGCCUCCGGGAAUAAUUUCAGUCACAUCAUGGAACGAAGUCUUAACGGGUUGCCAUCCCUUCAAGAGCUAUUCCUAGACGACGCCCAGAUAUCGAAAUUACCCCAAAACAUUUUCAUUGUUAAUCCAAAUUUGGCACGACUGCAUCUCAAUCGGAAUCUUCUACGAGCCUUACCACCUGGCAUAUUCGACAGAUUGUUAUCCCUACGUGAAAUUCGUUUAGAUCGCAACCGAUUUCUGGACAUUCCCUAUUCCGCUUUGGCAAACGCCCUCAACCUCGAAGUACUGACAUUAUCCAACAAUGAGAUAGUUAACGUCGACGUGGCCAGUUUUGUUAGUUUAAAGUAUUUGAGAGAAUUGGACUUAAGCCAUAAUCGGAUAGACACAAUGUCUGGCUUUGCCAUAGCCAAUCUGUCCCGAUUGGUCUUCGUCGAUCUAAGUCACAAUUACUUGAACGCUUUACCCGCCAACUUCUUCGCCCAUUCGUCUAUGUUAAGGCGCGUCGAUCUAUCGGAAAAUAAAUUCCGACAAAUACCCGCGGUCGCCCUUUCCGGACAAAAUCUUCCCGGUCUCGCCUGGUUGAACCUAACGAGAAAUCCUCUCAAUAGAAUCCACGAUUUACCAUCCGAGGCUAUGUAUCCGAUCCUACAAGAGAUUCACAUAUCCGGUACCAAUUUGAGCAUCGUCACGUCUCAAGAUUUCGAAGCUUUCCCGGCUCUUCAACAUCUCUUUUUAGGUCAGAACUGUAUCCUAAGAGUAUCGCCCGGAGCAUUCCGAAGUUUACCAAAUCUAUUGACUCUACAUCUAGGAAUGAACAGCCUAGAGAUUUUACCGAAAGAGAGGCUCCAAGGUAUGGAGCAUUUGAGAGUGUUAAAUCUCACGCACAACCGAUUAAAGGAACUCGAGGAAUUUCCAAAGGAUCUUAAGUCACUUCAAGUACUUGACCUGUCCUACAACCAGAUCGGUAUCGUCGGCAAAGUGACAUUCAAGAAUUUAAUUAGCCUGGUCGAGUUGCAUCUCUAUGGUAACUGGAUAAACGCGAUUUCCAGUGAAGCAUUCAAGCCUUUGAAGAAACUACGGCUUCUUGAUCUAAGUAGAAAUUAUUUGGAGAACCUUCCGCUGAACGCUUUUCGACCACUUGAGACACAAAUAAGAAGCCUUCGUGCCGAAGAAAAUCCCUUGCAUUGUGGCUGCGAGUCGCAGGAGUUGUGGGAAUGGUUGAGGGAUCAUCAAAAGUUGGUCGGUGGUGUAGGUCGUGGUCACCGUCGUGGAAGGAACGGUGUAGGAGUGGGCGAAGUUGAGGGUGGUUUACUGAAAUGCGAGCAACCACCGGAGCUCCGUGGACUCGUCUUUCUCGAUUUGGAUCCUCACGCUUUCUGCUCUGCACCUCUUGUCCUGAAACUCGCAAUCCAGGACAUACAACCGUUCUCGGUAUUGGUAUCCUGGCAGAGUAGAAAUCAUUCGGGACUUCACGGUUAUCAAGUGGCCUAUCACGCGUUGGAUAAUGUCGCCGAGGUACGUGGUAAGCGAUUAGAUCCAAAAGCACGCUCGGUGAGAUUGACAAAGCUGUCAUCGGAUACCAGAUACCUGAUCUGCGUAUUAGGUCUCGGCAGUUGGGGUACACCAAUCCCGGAGGAUAUAGGUGCCUGGCAAUGGAAUUCCUCUCAUGAUGAUUUAAUCGAAGGAUCAACGUUACCGGUCAUGAUCGAUUCGCCAACAAGCCGAUGCACCGAGGUUAGAACACUGGAUGCACCAGAUUCGAUAGUAGGCGAUGGUACCAUGAACGAUAGAGGAGGUCUCACCAGUAUUCUAACGAGGCGUUUGGGCUUGAUAGUCGGUAGCUGCAUGGGAUUCGUUGUCUUUAUAGUGCUAAUCUCAAUAUUGGGUUACAUGAAGAUGAAGAAGCAAAGAGCUGCCGUUAAAAGGGAUCAACCGAUAACCUCUAACCCACCGGAGUAUAUGUCCUACAGGCACUUUUCCUUGCAAAGUGGCGAUCGAGCAGAGAACCCUUGUCCCAGCUUUAUCAGCAACAUCGGUACCACCCCCUUAAACUCGUAGCACAAGCCAAAAGAGUCUCGCAAACGCGAACCAUGCGAGCACGAUAUCGAAAUGAAGAACGUUUCGACUUACACGGGUAUCUUUGGCUAGUUCAUUCGUUUUCGAAUGAACACAACGACGACCGUCCAAACGUCGAACGACGAAUAGUCAAGGAACGAAUCCUCGGCAUGAGUAUUCUUCUUCUUCUACUUCUACUUCUUAUGAUCGGUGCAUAAAAAAACAAACCAAAUGGACGUUCUUUUCUCAUACGCCACGGUAUAUGAACAAAAAUGAAAAUAAAUAAAAACGUUUACGAGUAGGUAAGUUACUUCAUAUGUCACUUCGAAGUGUCUCCAAACGUUCGUUUUUCCGAACUCGUCAAUAAAUUCGAGUCGGAUAUCGAACUU